AUGACUGAACGAGUCAAUAGAAAUCUUAAACCAAUGUUAGCACAAUAUGCUCAAGAAAAUCCACAAUCAUGGGAUCAACAUCUAUCGAAACUUGCUUUUUCUAUUCGAACUUUAGUAAAUGAAACAACAGGUGAUACACCAGCAUAUCUUAAUUUUGGACGUGAUCCUAAAUUACCUCCACACCUACUCCUAACCACACCGACUCAUGAUGUACCUCUACUUCCCACAUCUCUAUCCUUAGAAAUCGAAAAUUAUAAACAACAACUUCGUCAUCAAUUACUUACAUCUCAUCAAUUUGCUCAAGAACAUAGUGAACUAGCGUGGACACUUUCUCCAAUCUUAAAUGCCACCACAGUCAAUCGUUUCUCAUUCUUACCAUCUUCCAAUGAAACUAAUCCCUCUACCAUCUCAUCAACAAUAUCCUCAUCGAAAGAAAAUUCUACUCCUGAUACUUUGGCAUCACAUGUCUCACAUAUAACUGCACCAGCACAAUCAAAUAAAACAUUAAAACGGCAAUUAUCUCAUGAAACAAUAAUUCCACAACCACUUAUGUCAUUACAACUUGACGUUAAUGAACCACCACUUCACAAUGCUCCUGCUAAUCCAAUUCCUCUUAUGUCAUUCUAUGCUCCUCCAUGCUCAACUAAAUCCCAUCAUCAAUCACACCAUCGACCACCUCUUCAACGUAAACCACGUUUAUACAGCACAGUCUGUAGUCAAGCACCACAAGCAAACACUAAUACAAGUCAACACGUCACCAAUCAUCGCUCUGAUACAUCGUCAACAACCUUCAACACCAUCAACUCAUCAACACAACAACAGGAACACGCAACAGUCUUCUCCCCAAACCACGAUCAACCAUCUCCUGGAUUAUCAAGUGCUUUUAAUACCGAGAUGAUCGAAUUAUCAUAG